AAGAGUAGAUGUGCUGACUUGAUGAACACCUACACAUAGACGACACCGUGACAGACGGUCCUCAGCAGAAUCUGUGAACAGACUACAAACUCAGUACCAAGUAUAAAACAUUUUACCAAGACAGAAUCAAGGAGUCUCGAUAAAAUGGUAGGAAACAGGAGCUGGAACUGUAGCAGUACAUUUGAAUACCUGUUAGCUCCCAUCUACGGUAUAGAGAUGUGUGUGGCGCUGGUGGGGAACAUACUGGCCCUGUUGCUGCUUGUGACGAAGGAGAAGAAGAACUGGCACAUGGGAGUGGUGUUCUCCUGCAACCUGGUCAUCAGUGACAUCUUUUACGCCCUCACUCUGCCCAUUCUUAUCGACAACUAUUCAAGAGGUCGACAGCGGACAUUUGUUCAUGCUGUCGAAAAAAUAGAGCUCUUUGUCUUCACCUGUAACCUCUACGUCAGCAUUUACUUCAUCAUGUGCAUCAGUGUUCAUCGAUACCUGGCCAUUGUUCAACCAAUCUUCAUGCGCAAACACAUUCGCCCAAAACACGCCAAGAUCAUCAGUGUGUUCGUCUGGAUUUUUGUGGCAAGCAUUUCAUCUCCACUUCUCUACUUUUCAGGUGUCGAUAGUGACAAAUGUUUCUUAUAUGCAAAUCUAGAUGUAAAAUCAAGCCUAAAGUCUACCUACAGGGUGUUUAUGAUUGUUAUAGGCUGCUUUGUCCCAUUUGUACUUACUUUUGCAUCAUAUUUUGGUGUAAUAAUGGCUGUUUUUAAAAAUGCAAAUAUCACCUCACUCCAGAAGAAAAAAGUGGGUCUGAUUAUUGGAUUAGUCUGCAUCCUGUAUACUGUGUCUUUUCUCCCCUAUCACAUUCUACAGAUAGUGAACUUUAAACUGAAUGAAGACAAAAAUACUUAUUGUUAUGUGUGUAAUGAAUACCAAGUGUCAAAGGCAUCAGCUUGUCUGAACAUGUGCCUCCAUCCCAUCCUGUAUAUGGCUGUGUCUGACAGUAUCAGGGCAGUGUGCUGUAGAAGAAGCUCAAAUGAAUAAAACUUCCAAAUCACAGUUGGAGAACACUCGUCAAAGAACCGUGAAUUGAAAUCCAAAAACUGAGAUUGCAAACCAUUUUCUUUUCCUUCAAACAUUUGUGUUGAUUUGGAUGUAUGUUUGGGGUCAUUGUCAUGUUGAAAGAUUCAUCUAUGGCCAAAUUUUACCCUUCUGAAAGGGGCAGCCAUGUUUUUGGCUAAUAAUGUUACUGUAGUAAGUAAAACUGAUAAUACACUCAACAUUGACAAGUUGUUAAACAGCCCCAAAAGAUUGAUGUUGCGACUCUAUAUUUUAUUUUACAGUGGGUUUGGGGGAUUGUGCUUGUAUGCAAUUGAUAUUGUCACUAAACCUUUAUUUUGGUCUAAUCUAAACUGAUUUCAGUUCUAUACAUUUUUAGAUUUACAUAGAAAUAAAAUAAAAUAAUUCAGUAAGUUUAUUAGUGCAUGCUGAGGAAUUUAUUUUAUGUUCUGAAUACAACAGUCUGAUUGUAUUUCUCAACAUCUAGUUUAAGGGAGCAGCAAGAGAAAAAGUUCCUUGCCAUGUAUUCUCCAACCUCAUCAGGCAUUAUAUGUGAAGACUCAGAGCUGUUAUCUUGGCAAAGCGAGGUAACACAAAGUAUUGACUAAAAGGGUGCCAAUAAUUGUUGCACAUCUAUAUUUAACAAAGAUAUAUUUUUGAGAAACCUGUGUUUUGUUUGCAACAGAUUGAUAUCUGUGAGAGCAGAGUAUUUUUGUGAUUUUUUUUUUUUUUAACAAAAGAUCAAAUGGUUAAACAAUGAAGACAAAUCUUCACAGCUUUCUUUGCUCAUAUUUACCAAGGGUGCCAAUAUUAGUGGAGGGCACUGUAAAUAAAAUCCAUAUAAGUGUUGCAGCUAUGGCAUACAGUAUGUAUCUGCUAAGAUCGAUUGGAUG